AGCAAGCCGCAAGGGUCCAAAAAUAGACAGACACCACUUAGCACCAUGGCCAAAUCCCUGAUGAUCCCUGCGCUCUUCGGCUGUGCUGGUGCCUUCGUGGCGCCCACUCCGAACCUCCGGGCCUCUGCCCCUCAAGCGGCACACGCAGAUGGGCGCCAGGCACAGAUGGGCGGCGCCACGAUGGCUAUGGCCGGCGUCGUCGGCGCAGCCAUGGCUGGAGGUGCCGUGAAGGCAGUGAAGCGAAGCAAACAAGUUGCUCGAGUGGUGGCCAUGCGAGAGGGAAAUCCUCGAGUGGAGAAGUUGAGGAGCAUGGACAAGACCGUGCAAGUCUCGCCCUCCAUCCUGUCUGCUGACUUUGCCAAGCUGGGAGAGGAAGUCGGUGAUGUGUUGAAGGCUGGUGCUGAUUGGGUGCACGUGGAUGUGAUGGAUGGGCGAUUCGUGCCGAACAUCACCAUUGGUCCUGGUGUGGUCGCAGCCCUCAGGAAGGCUCAUCCAGAUGCAGUCCUCGAUUGCCACUUGAUGAUCGUGGAGCCGGAGCAACGAGUGGAGGACUUUGCCAAGGCAGGCGCUGACAUCAUUUCGGUGCAUUGUGAGAGUGCCUCCACUAUUCAUUUGCAUCGUACCUUGAACCAGAUCAAGGCUAUGGGCUGUAUGGCUGGGGUGGUCCUCAACCCAGGCACUCCAUUGUCCCAGAUCGAGUAUGUGCUCUCAGAGGUGGACUUGGUCCUCAUUAUGUCCGUGAACCCUGGCUUUGGCGGUCAAAGCUUCAUCGAGUCGCAGCUGGACAAGAUUCGGGACUUGAAGAAGAUGUGCGAGGAGAAGGGUGUGAACCCAUGGAUUGAGAUCGAUGGUGGUGCCAGCGGCAAUAAUGCCAAGGAGAUCAAGGCUGCUGGCUGCAAUGCCAUCGUGGCCGGUUCCGCGGUCUUCGGGGCACCCUCCUAUGCCGAAGCGGUGAAGGCCAUUAAGGAAGCCUAAGGAAGACGGAGUAUUUCAGGCGUAUGUGGAUUGAUUUUGUGGCAGUUUUCCCGUCCGAACUUCGGGUUGGUCCCGAGAAGGGCCCCCAAUUGAAAAGUAGCGACCUGCAGAUGCAAACCCUUCGCAACAGUAUUUGCGGUGCGUACUUUGCAGAGCUGAAGGGAACCUACCAACCUUGAGCUCUGAGGAUUCGAA